AUGCCGCUCGGCCACCUCCGCUCCCUCCGCCACCACGGCGGCUCAGGUCUAGACCACAUCAAUCACCACGGUGCUCAUCCUCACCGUGAUCCAGAGUGGGUGAUGAUCCACCAGUGCAUUGUGAACUGGCUCUACACCACCAUCACGCCUCAGAUGUUGGACACCGUGAUGCAGCCCGAUGACACCUCCUACAUUGUCUGGAGUGCCAUCGAGGGCAACUUCCACGACAAUCGCCUCACCCGUGUUUUCUACAUCGAAGCCGAGCUGUGGAACAUGUGCCAAGGCGACAUGUACAUCACGCAGUACUGCACCAAUCUGAAGUCUCUUGCUGACAGCCUUCGCGACAUCGGUCAGCCGGUUCAUGAAGAUAAUCAGUUCCUCCGUGCUCGCUCCAACCUUCUUCUGGAGGAGCAGAACAUGGAGCAAUCUAUGAAGAUGGAGGUUGCGCAGGCCAUGUUUGUCGGCCGCAAGCCCUCCACCUCGUUGACGACUCCAGGCCCCGACGGCGGCUCCAACUCCAGCGGGGCUCGCUCGCGAACCAAGAAGAAGAAGGGCCAGGGCAAUGCAUCGGCAUCAAUGCGUGACAACCUGGACUAA